UAUAACGAAACAACAUUCAAGCGAGCACUUGGAUCGUAAAGCAGUUUUCCUGUUGUUGAUUUUUUCUGUGUAUAGAUAACUAUAUACUGUAUAAGAUCAGGGACUUUUCUUAAAUUUGUUUGAGUUUAUAGUGUAUUGAUAAGAAAAAGAAUUAAAAACAGUAAUGCAUGUGGAGGCGGUUUGUGCGCGGCUGCUGGUGGCCCUGGGGAUUUGCUGCUGGGCGGGGACGGCGCUAGGGACCAUCAAGAGAGCGGAAAUUACGUCACUGCAUGUGGAUUCCGACAUUCAGUUUCGGUACGCCACGACGCAGGUGACCAGUCGCCUAAAGAAUCCACUUGACCAGAAGUCUGAGGCGCUGUUUGACGUCACGCUGCCAAACGAAGCAUUCAUUACAAACCUUACUCUAGAAGUGGACGGACAUGUAAUGGUAGGGGAGAUCCAGGGGCGGGAGGAGGCAAAGCGCCGCUACGAGGCGGCCAGAGACCGAGGACAGACUGCCGGCCAUAUCGCCACCAGGAGUCGAGAAACUAACCGCUUCACGCUGUCUGUGAGUGUGGCGCCCUUCGGUAAGGUCACCUUCAACCUCACCUACCAGGAGCUGCUCCGCCGGAAACAUGGAUACUAUGAACAGGUGGUGUAUAUUGACCCAGGGCAGGAGGUUGCAGACCUGCAGGUGCGAAUAUCUUUAAAGGAGGCUCGCGACAUCACCCGUCUUACAGUGCCACCACUUAGGAACGACCUUGACCCAUAUAUAGCAGAUGUGGAGAACAUGACGCAAGUAAAGCGGUCGUCCGACCGAGAGGCGGUGGUGGUGUUCCGUCCGGAUCUGGACUUUCAGCGGGCACAGGCGGCCGGUGGCCUUGCGGGCCAGUUCGUCCUCCAAUACGACAUAGACAGGACGAUGACCGGCGAUGAUAUACUGCUGGUGAAUGGGUACUUCGUCCACUUUUUCGCCCCCGAGAACUUCCAGCCGCUCCCUAGUGACGUCCUCUUCAUACUCGACGUCAGUGGAUCCAUGAAGGACACAAAGAUGAAACAGAUGAAGACGGCCAUGCUGUCUAUUUUGGGUCAGCUAAAUGCUCAUGACCGGUUCAACAUUAUCACAUUCUCCAACAAAGUGAGCGUCUGGCGGUCUGAGAUGGCUGAGGUGGCGGAUGAGGACGUGCGUGAAGAGGCGCUUUUGCACGUGCAGACACUGAAGGCUGGUGGAUGGACUGAUAUAGAAAAAGCCCUUGCAGCGGGACUUGACCUGAUGCGGCCCAGCAAGCGUGGAAAUGCAGGGGUCGAGGUCCGCUCCCCCAUCAUCAUGUUUUUAACGGACGGCGAGCCAACAGAGGGCGUCAUGGGCACGGACAACAUACUGAGCAGUGUCAAGAACAAAAAUGAAGGCCAAGUGGCGAUAUUCUCGCUCGCAUUUGGCGGGGAUGCAGAUUACGACCUUGUCAAAAAAAUAGCCCUACAGAACCAUGGAAUUGGACGGCGGAUAUAUGAGGCAUCAGAUGCUGCAAUACAGAUUGCAGGCUUCUACAGCGAAAUUGGAGUGAGCCUGCUAAGUAACCUGACAUUCCGCUACCUUGAUGUUCCUGUGGAAAACCUGACGCGCAGCCACUAUACUAACUACUUCAAUGGCUCCGAGAUCGUGGUGUGCGGCAGGUACGAAGAACUCCAUGGUCGUUCCCUGACCGUCCAGGUGACGGCAAGUUCAGAGAAAGGUCCUGGCACGAUACUUCAGGCGGCGGAGCGUGCAGGCGAGGCCCAGGGUAAUACGAGCGAGCCCAAUUCCAUGUUUGAGGAGCUAACAGAGAAGGUAUGGGCGUAUCUGACCAUCAAACAGUUGCUCGAGGAGGAGACGGCCACUACGGACAAUGACCAGCGUAGUGCGCUCAAGGACAGGAUUACCAAUCUUGCUCUGCAGUACGGGUUUGUGACGCCGCACACGUCCAUGGUGGUCACAGAGCUUGCGGACCAGCCGCGCCAGGCGGCCGGAGAAGGCUAUAUCUUUGAAGAGCAGGCAUAUCAUAGUACAGCUGAGUCGGUACAAGACGUUCAGGUUGGCCUGUCCAUCCUCCGUCCUCAGUCUGCUGGGUUUGUCAAUCCAGCAGUCCAGCACAGCGACGUAAAGCAUACAUUUAGUGUGGCCUUGCUGCGUCGUGAUCCUUUGCGCCGGCCUUACUCCGUGCCUAGUUUACCAGGGUAUGGAUUAUCAAUGCCGUAUGUGUCCGACAAGAACGUGAAUGGUCAGCGCAAACGGAAGUUUAAAAAAAGAAAACCAAGUAAAAAUGGGAGAAAACAAAAAGGGCGCGGUUCAAGAUUUCUGCUGGCUCUCCUCCCUCCUAUCAAGACGCCCAUAUGUCUGCCCCUGAGCCCCUCAAACACACUACUGUAUGAGGACAUAGAUAAACAGUUGAAGAUAAGUGCUAUGUACCGUAAUAAGUAUAUCAGCGAGAUAACUCUCACAUAUAGCGGCAUCAUCCCGCAUACAACCGUCAUUAAUAAACAGACAUGGGAUAUGCUUGGGAGCGGGGGGACGGGGGGCGCCCCAUGGACUCUUCACUUGAACCCAAGCAAACAGAUGGCCGUAUUCACUCUUGACGCUUUCAACCUUACCGUGACCAACAUUGGGCGGAAGAUGGAAGUUGCCGUCUCGCAUUUACUUUCAGAUGCACAACCAAAGCCCGUUGGUGUCAUAGGUCGGUUGCUGACAAGUGGGCUUCAUGAAGUCUCUCCUGGAACCUUCAAGGUCAAUGACGGGCACGAGUACCGAGCUAAAAAGAUAAAGAAAAACAAGUGUUGGAAGCUCAAACAUUACUCCAUCUAAUGGUUAUAUUGCAAGUCAAAAUGCUGACAUCGUAGCAAAAAUAAAGCAUCCAUUUGCAAAUUGAAAAACUACCCCCUAUAAAAACAAACAUUACGUUAAUACCAGGUUCUACACUCUUACUAAUUGUGGUUGACUUUGGCUUUUGGGAACAGUUGAUGAAGUAAAUUUAGUAAAAUAUCAUGUUAUUUAAUUCCAUAUACAUUUAUUUUCGGCGAGUACAUUUGUUCUAAAUAGUUUUAUAGCAUUUGCUACCAGCUACUGACGAAUAUGAAUGAGAGGUCAUUAUGCUUAUAGAAUAAGUUGUAAUAAACUACUAGUGUUAGUAGUCUUUGUUCUCAAACUAUGGUACAACAAAUGAAGAGUAUCAUUUCUGACCUCUAUGACGAUGAUAACUCUUAUAUAGGAAAACAGGGUUGCUUUGCAACAUUGAACAGUCGGGUUAUCGUCAUCAUUAGCCCUUUGAUGCACAUGCUUAUUCAAAUAUGUGUUAAGUGAAUCACUAAUAUUAUAUAUAUAAAAAUAUACAGAUA